AUGUCUCAUCAACUUGUUGAAGCCGCACCCUUUUCAAUCCCAAAAUCACCAUCUGCCGAGAAAGUGUGCCAGGAACAGGAAACAGAUAAAGCAGCUCCACAAAGCGCCAUCACCUAUGUCUAUCAAGUCAAACUAGCAGAAUUGUACUGCAAUGUCACAGCAACAUGGUGCAAAAACCACACCAGCCAUUCCCUCUGCAUCACAAUGGAAAAGCCAUGUCAAAAUAAUCAGUGCUGCACUUGCAAGGUUGACUUAAACUCUUGUCAAUUUUGGGGCAAGAAAGGUCUCAAAUCCUUCGAGGUAGAUGGAAGACGAGUAGAUGUGUACUGGGAUUUUCGACAGGCAAAAUUCUCCAGCACCCCGGAGCCAUGCUCAGAUUAUUAUGUCGCGCUGGUCUCCAAACAAGAGGUGGUCUUACUGCUAGGGGAUUUAAUGGAAGAUGCUUAUAAGAGGACCAGAUCAAGAGCAUCAUCAGAAGAUGCUAAGUUGAUGUACAAGAAGGAAAAUGUGAGUGGGAAAAGAUUGUUCUGCACCAAAGCCAUGUUGGAGGAAGGGAAAAAAGAACAUGACAUUGUCAUUGAGACAUCAUUAUCCGGGCCUGAUGAGCCUGAAAUGUGGAUUAGCAUAGACGGGACGGUGGCCAUUCAGAUUAUGAAUUUGCAUUGGAGGUUUAGAGGGAAUGAAACUGUGAUGCUGAAUGAUGUCCCAGUUGAAAUUUUCUGGGAUGUGCAUGAUUGGUUGUUUAGUAGCUUAGGCACAAGCCAUGGCUUUUUUAUCUUCAAGCCAUCCAGACUAGAUGGAGACUACAGCAGUGGCAGCCCCAGCCAAUAUAACUCACCAAAAGGGAGCUCAUCACCAACCACAGGGUUUUGCCAUUUUCUUUAUGCUUGGAAAACUGAGUGA